CGAAGCGGCCUUGACUCGAUCAGCUGAUCAAUGCACAAACGACUUACAUUUCAGUUUACUAUCCGUACCGUCCGUACGGUCCGUGCACAACGUGAAUGUGAUCAAAACAAUGAAUUGCUUUUUGUGCUGAAGGCGUUCGCGAGGUGCGUGAAGUGCUGAGAGGCGUCGAUUAAGUGUGCAUCGCAUUAAUGACAAACAGGUCAAAUUAAAUUGGCUAUUAUGCAUUAACGUGGCCGUUUAAAACAAAACAGGAUCAAGCAGGCGAGAGUCGUCCUUUGCAUAUAGAUCAGUAACAACCAUGGCAAUGGCAAUCGACGACUUCCAUUCGUGUACCAUACUACUUCUUCUGCUUUUUCACCUCGGCGGUACUAAUGCUUUAAGCACGCUGCAUACCAAUAACACCGUGAGCGCCUUGGUGACGCUUUCGUGUGCAACUUUUGACGACAUAGAGCACGGUGUUAUAAGCCUGGAACAAGCCGAUGACUAUAGUAAUCUGCAACAAGUUCUUCACGUGCGCUGUAAUCCAGGAUAUGAUCUUUUUGGACCACCAAAGAUCCUCUGUAUCAAUGACUCCUGGAAGAUUGAUCAGUAUCCAAAAUGUAUUGCAAGAUGUCAUCCACCACCAAAACUAUCCAAUGGAGAUGUUGACAUUGAUAUGAAUUUGGGGACUGACAAGAAGUACAGUAAAGGAACAGUUGCUACCUACUCAUGUCAUUAUGGGUAUCUACUUCAGCCUUCUGAUGGUCAGUAUAGAGUUUGUGAGAAGGGCAUUUGGACAGGCACCAAUGUGAGUUGUGUGUUGAGUGAAAAGAGUUCAGAAUGCAAACCAUUGAGAGACAUUGACAAUGGUUAUCUUCUGCAUGAGCGUGUCAUGACGCAGUUGGACCCGGAUGAUACAUUUAUUGUACAUUAUUAUUGCAAGAGUGGCUACAAGUUGAAAGGUGCAGCAGUGCUAAAGUGUUUGCCUGAUGGAACUUGGUUUCCCAAAGUUUUACCUCAGUGUAUUUUAACAGACGAACCUAACUGCCCUCUGCCAGAAAGCUAUCCGCACGCGACAAGCAAGAUUAUCGCUGGAAAUCGCCUGGAUGAUAUGGUCAUCUCCGGCACUGAAGUGGAAUUCAAUUGUUUGCCAAAAUAUCGAAAUGCAAACAAUCCGUGCGAGCCUUCCCGGAUGCGUUGCAUGGAAGGCAAGUGGAUGGGCAUGCCACCAAGUUGUGAAAUUGCAAAUGAAUGUGAUUGUCCGCCGAAAGUAUCCUGGGCUACUUCAUUGAUAGUCACCACUACAGAGACAGGCAACAAAUGUCACUAUCCUAUCAAUACGAAAGUGACCUAUGAAUGUAUGCCCGAAUAUGAGUUAAAGGGUAACAUAUUUUUAAAUUGUUCCUCAAAUGGCUGUUGGACACCCGUCGAACCUCCAGUGUGCAAAAUCAAGCAACGAUAUUACUAUCUGGAGACGAAUGGUGGUGAACCUAUUAUUUUUUCCUUGGCGACGGGAGCUGUGGUUCUCCUCAUUCUGGUUAUUGCAUGUCUAGUUAUUGUCUGCCGGAAACGCAAACCAUUUUCGCGCACAGUGGCGAUUCCACCUCCUGUGCCACGUUCUGAUCUUGCAGAUCAUGCGAGUCUUUUGCACCCUCCGGACCGACUUGCGUUGAUUGCGUUUGCGGAUGGCAUGCAGGUCGGGCAGUCCGGUUUGCCCACUUACGAGGAGGCCACCAGAGACCGAAGCGGCGGCAUCGGCGCACAAGCGGCGCGUCUGCAGCGACCCCCAUGGCCCUCAUUAGCCGGCAGGCGGUCGCGGAAUUCGCCAAAUCCUGACAAUAUGCUCUUCACGCGGCAGGGCUCGUUCGCAUCUCACACGGCGAGCUCGCGUUCGGGCGGCGAUCCGAUGGGCUCCACCGACACGAUGGCCGUCUCGGAGAACUCGACGACGGUCACGCUCGACACGGCGUCUUCUCACAGCGGCUCGCAGCCGGCGUCGUGCCGUGCGCAUUGCGGUAGCCUCGCGUCUUUCGACACCAGUUCCGUACUUAACACCGAAGGAGUUCCUUUGCUUGAAGAAAGUGAAUUAGAAGAGAUCCAAUGCGGCGAAACCGUCUCGUUGGCGAUGGAGAAUCGGUCCAUGUGCGACAGUUCGUCAUACAAGCUGUCGACGGCCUCAGACAUUGCUUAGACUUAUCAUAGAUGGUCAUUACUACAAGCACUAUUGUACAAUACUGAAUCAUUGAGUUUGUUCCUUAUGUCCAAAUGUAUUUAUUUAAGUUGAUUUGUGUGGAGGGGGUUAGUUUAUAUGUUUGACUUGAUGAUAACAUAUCGGAUAAUACGAUUUUACUCUCGAAUUCUGAGCUUACGGUAAACUAUAGCUACGCAGCGAAGACAUUAGAAAAACUACAUGUUCUAUGAUUGUACAUAACUCGCAUUGGUUUAACAAAAACAUAAUGGUUUAGUAAGGUAAGAAUGUUCAUAUUAAUCAAAAGAAACUCAGAAAUUUCAUAAAUGUCAAAACGCCACGAAAACUAUUCUUCUUAGAUUUGUUUUAUCGUGAUUUUUAAUUUGAUUAUUCAGUAUUUUAGUAGAGUGUAGAUAUGGCGUUUUAACAUUUGAAAGUUUUUGAGUCAUGAUAGAUUAUAAAAUUUAAAAUCCCCAUUCUAUUUUCUUAAUGCAAAAACACAGAGCAUAACUACUAUAACGCCUGAUAACGAACGUAUUAUCCUAAUUAUAGUCGAAUCCUAGCAAGUAAGGGAAAUUUGUGACCAAAGUUUAGAAUAUUAGCCACCUAGUCGAAUCGAAAACGCUAUAAACAUUUUAUUAGCAAACCUCUGUAACUUUCCAUCAUUCAACGAGGAAACAUUGACAGCGACUUCGUGUUAAAUGUAUAAUAUCCAGAAAUGAAAUAAAUGUAAAUAUGUCAUAACCCUCGCCAGGUGAAAUUUAAAAUUUAACUUCAACUAACCGCCCAUGAAAUACAAAACAUGACGUUUGCAAUAAAAAUGUAUUACUUAAACGAGCGUAACUUAAAUUGUUUGCGACAACUAUCGCAUAAUGUGCAUGGUUAAUUGCGAAAUGAAAAACGAAUAAAAAUAAAAUAUGCAAA